GUUUAUUAUAAAUUUCUUAAAAAAAAGAUAUCUUUCCAUAUUUUUCUUAAAAUUUAUAAAUUUUAUAAAGACCUAAUUCUGCAUGUUUAAGAAUCAAGAAUCUUAAUGGAGAUAUGAAGCUUUAUUUCAAUUUACUUUUUUUAUUGAUUAUAGAAUAAGCGGAUGUUGGUUCUGUCGCUCAAAAAUUUGGAUUUGAUAUUAAAAAAAAUUCCAUAAUUACAUGGAAUAGAAAACUAUUCGUUUUAUCAGCCCACAUAUUAUUCCUUGAACAUAAUUUCCCACAUUCUUGAGAACACAUUAUAUAUAAUCAUUCCAUUAUCACCAAAGCGGUUCUAAUCUAUGUUACCUUCGAGUUUUAAUUAUUCCAGUGUAUCAAAAAAUAUUCAUUUUAUUAAUAAACUAGCAUCGAUAUAUUCGAAGAAUUUACAAAAAUAUAACUUUAAUGACUCUUAUAGAGGAUUACAAAUAUUGAACAAUAAUUUUACCCGAAAUUCGGUAAAUUUUGACCCAUAUUUAUCAAAUAGUGAUAAAGCUAUAGAUUACCCGUAUGCUCUCUCACAGAAUCCCUUGAUUCAAAUUGCAUUUUAUUUCAUAUAUUUCGCUAUAUUUAUAGUAGCAGUCUCGGGAAACUCUUUGGUAUUAUAUGUUGUUUCUCGGAACACUUUUAUGCAAACGCCGACCAACAUAUUUAUAACAAAUUUAGCUGCGUCCGAUUUAAUCAUGAAUUUUAUAGCGGUGCCAUUUACACCGUUGUCGGCAUUUUUGGAUUCAUGGAUUUUUGGUAAGGCAUUAUGUCAUCUUGUACCUAUGGUUCAAGGCUGCGCGGUUUACAUAUCAACACUAACUUUAACAGCCAUAGCUUUAGAUAGAUAUCAAGUCAUGUUUCACCCCUUUGCAACACGCAAAAGUAAGACUUUAUGUUUUAUCAUAAUUCUUGGUAUAUGGUGCUUAUCUAUAACGUUAGUUGCUCCUCUCGCUAUAUUUAUGAAACUCAAACCCAGUGAUAAUGGCAUAUAUUUACAUUGCGAAGAAAAUUGGCCAUUUGAUGGACUGGAAAGAAUAUACUCUUUUACCACAUUGAUGUUCCAAUACUUUGUGCCAUUGUGUGUUAUAGCGUAUUGUUAUAUCAAGGUAUCGGCAAAAAUUGGGGAAAGGGUUGAAACAAAAUCGAGAGCACUUACAAGGAAUCGAAAACGUGAAAAAGAAGAAUUGAAAAGGAAAGAUAGAACGAACCGAAUGUUGAUAGCUAUGGUGGCCAUAUUCGCAUUUUGUUGGCUUCCAAUUAAUUUAAUUCACGUGGUCAGUGGAUUACGGCUAAAAAUAAUUGAGUGGAAAUAUUUUGUGCUAAUAUUUUUUGUGUGCCAUGUAAUUGCGAUGAGUUCUACCUGUUACAAUCCCAUGAUAUACGCAUGGAUGAAUGAGAACUUUAGAAAAGAGUUUAAAGCAGUUUUACCUUGUUUUAACAGAGAAAACGUAUUGUCUAAAUCGGUUUCAUUUUUUAAAUCCAAUCAUGGGCAUUCAAAGGUUUCGGGAAAUAGAAUACCUAAAAGUAAAGAUAACCAUGAAAUAAGACCCUUUAUCCAUUCGUCUUCUCAAAACUCGGCAGGUAUGAUUAGUUUCGCUGGAUUUCCCAUCAAAAAUAGAUCUAAGCAUAAAACUUUUAACAGUAAUAGUAGAUCUUCUUUCUUUCUAAAAUCCUGGAAAAAAUGGAAAUUAAAACCAACUAAACAAAUUUUAAGUAAAAAUCUAUCAACUCUAUCAGCUGAGUCACCUAAAAGUAGGGAAACUAAUCAAUCCUUAAAAUUUAAUCCCGUUAAAAUGCAUGGUUCUAAUAAAUAUCAACACAAGAAGGUGACUCUAAGACUUCUUAAUGACCACUCGCAAUGUUCCGAAAAUUCUAAGAUCAACUUCAUUUACGAUAGUUUGAAUUCCAAGAAAAAUUCCAUUAAUAUUGUUGACACUAAAAAAAAGAAUUGUUUUGAAAAUGGCCAAGAUACAAAGCAAUUAUAUUUCUCAGAUCAAUUAUAUUACAUCCAAACCAGCUCAGAAUUGUCAAAUCCCAUUACGCAUGUUUCUUGUAUAGAUGAAUCUAGAGACAAUAAUGAUACUUUUAAGACUUCCAAAUUAUUUUCCUCGAUCAUCAAAAAUAUAUCUCAACCAAAAAACCCAGAAGAGAAUGUCGUUUGUAUCCACAACCAAGUCAAAUAUAGCGACUUCGAAAUCGUUUAAACGAUAUUUUUCAAUAUAUAUAUUUUACCUUGUUUUUAUACCCCUACAUAUAUUUAUCGCUAUGAUUAUGAUUAAAACAAAUUCUUUUAUUGUGUGACUAUGAAAUAUAUUAUAUCUAUUUAAUAUCUUGAAUAUUAUUAGACUGUGAAAUAAAGCUUUGGAUACCAAAAUUUAUAAUAAAAAAAAUAUAUCACAUUUUA